AUAAGUGCGUGACAAGUUUUUUUGUGCAGAAUCAAUAUUAACAACUUAGAACAAUAACUGUCUACCUUUAAGUCCGAGGGGCCGGCUAGUGAAUGAAUUUUGAUGCUAAUCGAGCAUAUGACCCUGUAACAUACAUGUAUGUAUGUUACUAAAUACCAUUAAACCCUAUUUGACUCAUUUUCGAUGGAUUAAAGCUCCUAUUAUCAAACGACCUCCCACAGUAAAGGAGAAAAUUGCAAAAACUUGUGGCUGCUGACAAAUAAAAAUGAUUGUGGAUUUUAUUGCUGGGCUCUUUGGAGGUGCUGCAGGAGUACUUGUCGGCCACCCUUUCGAUACAGUAAAAGUUCACUUGCAAACUGAUGACCCUAAGAAUCCAAAAUAUAAAGGAACAAUUCACUGUUUAAAAACAAUAUUAAUGUUAGAUAAUAUUCGUGGCUUAUAUCGGGGAAUCAGCAGUCCAAUGAUGGGAAUCGGUUUAGUAAACGCAAUAGUGUUUGGAGUUUAUGGAAACAUACAGAGAUUAUCUGAUAACCCAAAUUCUUUAAUGUCACACUUUUGGGCUGGAGCCACUGCCGGUAUAGCACAGGGCUUCAUAUGUUCCCCCAUGGAGUUAGCGAAAACGCGAUUGCAAUUAUCGAAUCAGAUCGACAGCCAGCAUAAAUUUAAAGGACCUAUUGAUUGCUUGCUUUACAUACAUCGAACAGAAGGUUUCAAAGGCACGUUCAAAGGACUUACAGCAACAAUACUAAGGGAUAUUCCAGGUUUUGCCAGCUACUUCGUUUCAUACGAAUAUAUAAUGCAGCUUAAAGAUAAGCCCAAUGUACUCUAUAUGCUUAUGGCAGGAGGCUGUGCUGGAAUGUCAUCGUGGUUAGCCUGCUAUCCCAUCGAUGUCGUCAAAACACAUAUGCAAGCAGAUGCCCUUGGGAAACAUGCUUUAUAUAAUGGGUUCGUCGACUGUGCAGUAAAAAAGUAUGAGAAAGAGGGCAUAAAGUUUUUUUUCCGCGGAUUAAAUUCUACAUUAUUACGAGCGUUUCCAAUGAAUGCAGCAUGCUUCUUUGUGGUUGCAUGGACAUUAGAUUUCUGUAAGAAAAAUGGAAUCGAUAUGAUUGGACAUUCAAAACAAUCUCUAAAUAUUGUUAAUUUGGAAAACUGGAGUCAAGCCUAUGUUCAAAGCGAACAAGGAACAGAUGAUGAACUAGUCCGAAAAAUAAUUUCGGAGAAUGAAUUACAGCUUCGUGAAUCUACACAUGAAACCGUUAAUGGAAAACUUAUAGAUUAUUAUCCAAGUGAACAAAUAUACGAAAGUAACAUCCAAACCACGCAAUUAAAAGUUAAAAAUAGUUCCGAUCAAUCAUAAGUUUAAUUUAUUAUAAAUAAAUUAAAAACCGAAAA